GACUGCUGUUAAUAUUAUCUAUAUAUUUAGUUCUUGAGUUGCCGAUUUCUGAUGUAGAGUUGAUUUGGAUACAGCUACUUUCUUUACCCUUCUCGCUAUCAAGUGUGAGCUGUUCUUCAGUAUCUGAUUGGUGAAAGCUUGGUUACAUUAUCGUCAGUUUCUAAUUUAAUUCAUGUCUUUGUUUCAUAUUUAUGGUGCUGAAUAUUGAACCUCAUGGUAUCAUCUCUGACCCAUUUGUUAGAUUCUGUGAGCUAGUUCCAUUAGUCUGGUGAAUCUCACACAUAUAGAAAGUGUCGUAGUUGUUGAUACUGAAGCUCUAGUCGUAUUGUGCUUCUUGUGAACCUUGCCCUGCAUUAUGGAACUGGUUGAAUCAUCCGACAGUGGAACUUUCAAGUAGAUUCCUUUGUCCAAAGUGGUAUGCUGGUUGGCCUUGGAUCUGGUUUUGCUUCUGGAUUAGCCAUCAAUUAUCUGGGUCUGCAGCUUAAGGCUGGUAAACUAAAAGAUAUAACUGGAAUACCCACAUGUGUUGGUAGUGCAAGUGAGGCAGCUAAGGCUGGCAUCCCAUUGGAACAGUAUGAAGGAAGCUCAAAAAUUGACGUAGCUUUUUGUGAUGCUGAUAUUAUUGAAGAAGAGACACUUUCUGUUGUCAUUGGCCGUCGAAAAUUGAUGGGUGAGGAGUCGAUUAUUUAUGAAAAGACUGUUCUUGGCGCUGCAAAGAAGCUUGUAUUCAUAGUGAAUGAAACACAGUACAAAAGUGGUCUAGAUGGUGCAAUCCCAGUUUUCAUCCAGCCUUUUAACUGGAUGGAAACUGCUGAAGCAAUUGAUGAUCUGUUCUUAGGUGAUGCUGAGGUAUGGAGGCGGCCAUCCAUAGGGAUUGCAGACCCACUUGGAGGUGACUACCCAAUUUUGACAAAAGAAGGGCAUAAUGUCCUUGAUGUCAUAUUUACAUCUCCAAUCACAAGUCUUGCUGAUGUAGCCGAAACUCUUGAGCAAGUUGAUGGUGUUGUAGAUCAUGGAGUCAUAUAUCGAAAACCGUGCACAGCGGUCAUAGCUGUCGAUAAUGGGCUGCGGGUUGUGGACAAUAAUGCGAUGGUUGAAGCAAAAAACGGUUAG